CAUAACACCUUAGCCACGAACAGACGUGGCUAACUCAAAAUACAAAAAAAAAAUAGCAAAAAAAGUGUUUUUCAAAGUCAAAAACAAAAGUGCUAGUGCUGUGACAGUGUGUACCAGAGUAACGUUGUCAUAUAUAUAGUAUUUUAUUUCUACGACUAUUAUUUUGGUUAGUAAAUAAACUGUUUUUUUUUUGUUUUUUGUAUAGAAAUGUGAAGUGAGUGAGUGAUAAGUGACAAAUGUUAUAAAAAAACUGUGACUUUUUGGUGUAUUUUUGCAACUGAUUAAGGAGAAUUUGGUGGAAGUGACAAAAUGAAGCGAUCUAGACACAGAUGGGUUGGAUUUAGUUUAUUUUGUAUUUCCCUGACACUCCUGGCGAUCGACGUGCCCACCACGACAGCUGUGAAGGCUACUUCUCUCAUCUUCUCCAAGUCCUCGACCACUGCAGCACCGGAGGAGGCGGCUGAAGAUGGCGCUGAGACUGAAACAACAGCCGAAGGCGGAGAAGCGACGAACACGACCACCACCAGCAAACUAUCUGGGAUCCCCCAGAUAGACUACAUCUACGACCCCAAUCUGCCCAGAGAGUUGAAUGGCUACAACCUGUCUGAUUACCCGUUCUAUGAAACAGUACCGAAACCUGAGACUAUAGACUUUAAAUGUGAUGGAUUGCACGAUGGGUUUUACGCGUCUGUACCGCAUAAGUGUCAGGUAUACCACCACUGCCUGUUCGGCACGCGGUACGACUUCCUGUGCGCGAACUACACAGCCUUCGACCAGAAGACUUUCAUCUGCCACUUCGUUUCAGAAGUCGAUUGCAAGAACUCGCCCAAUUAUUGGAGUCGAAACGACGCCCUCUACCAGGCGGCCACCACAACGACCCCAGCGCCACCGCCCACCACCACCACUACCACCACCACCACGACUCCUCGCCCCCAGCGCCCGGGGCGAAGGCGUCCAGCCUACAGAUACAAUUAUGAUGACGACGACUAUUAUUAUUCGAGGGAUGAUGAUUAUGAUUAUGAAGAUAGGAGGCGACCCAGGCCCCGCAGACCUGGCAAGAAGAAGCGACCUCCAGUUGACGAUUAUGAAGACGAUAGAUACGAACGUCGACCGAGACCAAGGGAUGAAGAUCCAGUAGAUGAUUACGAAGACCGAAGACCAUACGACAGAAGACCAGCCAAAAGACCAGCCUAUCCUGACAGAAGACCGUACGACGAUGAAGAAGAUAGACGUCCUGCAGCAAGAAGGCCUAGGCCACGCCCCAGGGACGAUGAUGAAGAGAGAUAUAGGCCUGACGAUGAAGAAAGACCCAGAGUAGGUCAAAGAGAUCAGAGCAGGGAAGACAGGCCUAAACGACCGAGACCUAGAGAUGAGUACAGGCCCAGAGACGAGGUUGUUAGAGCUAGGGAUGAAGUUAUCAGACCCAGAGAUGAGGUAAUUAGGCCUAGAGACGAACCAAGAGUUCAGGAUGAGAUAAGGCCUCGGGAUGAAAUUAAACCACGUGAUGAAGUUAGAGCUAGAGAACCUAUUAGGCCUAGGGAUGAAAUCAGACCACGAGACGAGAUCAGACCACGUGAUGAGAUCAGACCUCGCGACGAGAUACGACCAAGGGAUGAAAUUAGGCCAAGAGAUGAAAUAAGACCGAGAGACGAAAUCAGACCAAGAGAUGAAGCUCGUGAAAGGCCAGAAAGACGACCAAUCAGAGACGAUGUUGAAAAACCCAGACCAUCAAGGCCUAGAGAAGACAGGUUCUCAGAAGGGCGAAGGUACAGAGGUGAAACUCCUUUUAAAUCCAGGGAAGAUAGACCCUAUACCAGAACUGACCUUACCCAAAGACCUUAUGAUGAUAGAAAUGAUGAUAAGAGAGAAGCACCAACAGCACCUGAAACUCCAGCCACGACCCUCGUAAAACCCAACGGACAUGGAAUUUUCAGUCAACCUCGAAUGCCUCCAAAAAUCAAAAGGCCAGUUCCGAUAAACGAAAGAGAUAAAUAUGACUACGUUCCCAUAGCAACUACAAAGGCUCCUCCUAAAGUAGAUGAUGAUGAGUACUACGAUUACGAAGAAGACGAUACCAGUAGACCUUCGUCUUCUGGAAAGACCAGCACGGUACAGCAAAGACCGAAGCCAGAGCCUGUGGAAAAAGAAAAGUUUAAACCUACAAGACCUCAUUAUCCAAGCAAAGGUAGAAAGACGAAAAGACCAAUUGAUUACGAAGAAGAAUAUGAUGAGCCAGUGAAAUCUCAGAAAUACACUUACAGUCAGAGAGCUAAAGAAGAGAGAGUUAAACCUAAACCUCCCCCAGCAGAUGACGAAUACUAUGAUUAUGAAGAAGAGAAGAUAAGUAUAAAAGAGAGAGUGCGACCAGGAGAAGAUAUCACCAGCAAGAUAAAAGACUUGCGACCAAACGUGAAGGUAGUUAAACGUCCUUUUUUACCCUCUAGGGGUGGAAGCCCGUACCUUCCCCGCGGACUACAGCCCGUCGCGGGAAGGGAUGUCUCAGCACCACUAAAUACCACCCCGAAACCUACCACCACUUCUCCUAAACCCACAACUUCGCCUAUCCCCACUACCACAACCACUACCACCACUACGACUACAACUACACCUAGCACCACUAUUACUACAACUACUACUACAGAAAAACCAACAACAACGAUAACAACACAAAAAACAACAACAGACAGAGAAGAAUAUGAAGAAGACGAGGAAUAUUACGACGAAGAAGAUGUAGAUUACGAUAAAAACAAGAAAGAAACAACUACAGUUGUUAUAACAACAGCUAAACCAACUACUGAAGAACCGACUACUAAAGAACCAGCACCUGACCAGAAAGCUAAAAACUUAGCUUCGAAAGUUCUAAAAGUAUAUAAUGACAACUACGAAGCUAUACGUGGUAAACUAGAAUCUACAUUGUCGCCUGGUGACUACAUAAAACCAUAUCUAGCCACAGCUAUCCCUGCAGUAGAAAACUACAGACAAGACGCUUACAAAAAAGAAAUAAAACCAAAACCAGAAAUAUCUAAACCAUACACGGCUACAGGAAAACCUUUGAUACCAGAAAAUAUAUCUAUUAAACAAAAUUUAGCCGACAGCAUAGAGAAUGAUUAUGAUGUAAGGUUGAACGAAGCUCUGACUCCGAAUCUACCAGUCAGUAGGGUCCCAUCAGGGUUUGUCAUACCCUCAGAUAGGGAUUAUACUUUCUCUAGAUUUAGAAGCAAUUUGCAACCUGCAGAUCCUCAAUUUGCAGCAUCAGAUAUCUCCAAUUUCCAAGUGAGGAAAAGACCACAGGUUUCAGGAGUCAGUAUACGGACCCCGUCUUCUUAUUACUUGCAACCACAAAGGUUGGUCUACCAGGAAGACGCCCAUAGGUUCCCGAGACAACUUUUUUAUAGGCCCGUAGACUUUUAUUAGUUUUUUUUUGUGAUAUGAAAACUUGUAGGGUUGUUUUUGUCUGAGGUUAAGCAACAUUUUUAGGAUGGGUGCUCGAAAAGUUUUAAUUGUUGAGUCAGGUAUAAAAUUGUGUUUUAAGAAAUCUUUGCCAAAAUUGCAAUUUUAUAUAAAGACGAAGAUUUUUUUUUGUAAAAAUGUUGUAUAUAGACAAUUUUGUUGUUAUAACAAAUUAUUGUAACACCCUACACGAUUUCGUAUGAAGAAGUACAUUAAAAAAUAAUAAAAAUUUAAGUCAAAUGUGUAAUUAAAUUAUGUAAAAAGAAAUUCUCAAAAAUUCUCGGAACUACACCACUGCCAAUUUUUUAUUUAUAGAAAUUAAAAGGAAAAAACAUAUUGUGUAAUAAAUAAUAAAAAAUACUCUUAGUUACCUGUAUUUUUAAGAAAAAGAAUUUACAGUGUAUUUUUUACAGUCGAGAAAAACAGGUUUUCUCACUCAAAUAAUCUCAAGUUUUAAGAUUACAAGAUUUUUUUUUCUCGACUCUAAAAACCACUCAAAAUAAUUGUACAUUUUAUAAAUACGAACAACAAUCUAUUUUUAAUUUUGUACGCAAUAUAGGUUUAAGGAAAAUUUCCUAUAAUAAAAAAUGUGUAAAAUA